AACAGUAAUGUUAGUGUGAACAAAUGUACUGCAAUUGUGUAUGGGAUGGUAUUCAGAUGGUGAGAGAUCAAAGGUAUAGACAGCAAAUGUGCAGUUAAUGUGGCAGGCAGAGGCAGACAGUGUGGAUGUAAAGAUCUGCAACGUUACUGCAUGCGUUAGCACUGAGUGAGUGUAAUUACUGUGUUUAGUUUGCAAUAUUAUGUAAUGUAUUGUUGUCAUAUAAAAGGUAAUCAGCAGAGAGUACUGACUGUUGGAGGAAAAGUUUAAUUUUUCUCUUAGGUAUAGUUUAAAUUUGCUCUUACUUCACGUAGGUAAUGUUAAGCAUCUUAAGUAUCGUUGCAGCUAGUGGGGGAUAUCUCAUUGUACUGUAGAUUUUCAGCUUGUAGGUGGUCAGAAGGCUUUGAGAGUUCAGACAGUGAGUUACUCACCACAGAAUAUCCAGAAACGUUUGCAGGGACAGUAAUUGCGUGGUUGUCCAGAAACAUUUCUGAGUAAUGACUACCUCCGAAGAUUGAUGAUGGGGAAUUUAACAAUAGUUAAGCUAUUGAGUGUCAAAGGUGAAUGGUUAGACACUCUCUAAUCUAUAACUGAAUAUUAUUUAGUUUAGUAUAGUUUAACUUAGUUUAUUGUCACAUAUACCGAAGUACAGUGCAAAGCUUUUGUUGCAUGGUAUCCAGUCAGUUGGAUAGACUGGGAAAUACUGUUUUGCUUCUUGUGUCAAUAGAAUAGUAUUAGCUGAUAGAUUGGAUAGCAUGCAAAACAAAUCUUUUCAUUGUACCUUGGUACAUGUGAUAAUAAUAAGCCUAACCUAAGCCAAUUACAAGGACCGCUCAUACCCGUUUAUUUUCACAUAAUCUCUAUCAUCGGGAAAAAGAUACAAAAACCAUGAAAGCACAUUAAACCAGUCUCAAGUCCAGCUUUUUCCUCGCUGUCAUCAAACUCUUGAAUGGACCCCUCCCUAAUGACAUCAGGGAUGAAUUUGUUGAUAUUCCAAUCUACCUCAUAAUGGCCCUUGCACUUUUUUUAUCUGCACUUUCUCUGUCGCUGUAAUACUAUAUUUUGCACUGUUUAUUUUUCUCUUUUGCAGUACCUGAUAUACUCACGCGUAUUAUGGUUUGCCGGGAUUGUGCACAAAACAAUGUUUUUCACUGUUUCUUGGUACAGGUGAUAAUAAUAAUCAAUACCAAUAGAUUACUGCCCCAAUGUAUUAAAUGUCUGCAUUUGAUAGUAGAAUCCACAGUAUUUUGUCCAACAUACAUCAACUUUCAAGCUGCGCUCUUGAAUUCUAUUUCCCUUCAAGCUACAUAUUACCUGCAAGUUUCACCGUUUCUGAAUCCGUAUUUUUAAUUUUAAUAUAAAUAAGAAAUCUGUUGGAGUCCCAUAAACAAACACUUAUGCACGACAUAUAAAACUGCCUGACGCCUCCUCAUCUCAAUACAAUUCCUCAAAAAAGCAACCAUUGCAAUUAAUCUAUAAUUCAAUCAACUUUCCCUACUCAAAAUUUAGACUGAACUUUAACCUUAGCCAAUCACAAUUCGUGUCAUAUGCUGCAUGGAAUUUGAAUUAAACCACCUGGUACAAUUUUCCAUUUGAGUUGUCACAACAUCAAAUUUUGUGUAAGUUCAACAGAUGUGAUUUUCCAUUUUUAAAGGUAGUUUUUACAUUAUAAAAACAGACAAUAAAUAGAUUCAAUGAUGAUAAUAAUACAAUUCAAUUUCACAUAAUGGCAAUAUGAGCUCUGAGUAUUAUAAUUUAAUUUUCCUGUUUCUUGUUGGCAACAUAUUUUUAGUGCUUCCCACAGCCUAACAGCUCACGUUUUGAUGCAUUAAACUGAACAUUCAUUGAGGCCAUUUACUGCUGCAAUAUUAUAGUAUAAGGACUUGACUGUCAUUAAGUUUACCGGAUUGAACAAAGGCUUUGAAGUGUUCAGUGGCCACCACAAGCCUAUUAACCACAAUUGCUCAACUGAACAGCAGGCUAAUGCGGAAACAGGGUGUGAGAAAAGUCUUCAAAAUGUCACUAUGUGUGAAGAACUGAUUUCUUCAUGACAGAACUUGUUAGGGUUUGGGAUGGAAAUGAGGAUGUGGGUACUAGUUUGAGCCAGAAAACUAAUUUAGGGGCAACUUAUUUGACUCAAAUACACUAAUACCCUAAAUAUUGGAAACAUUGAGUUUCCUGAUUGUCUAGUUAACUAGCUUUAGACAAAUUUUCAUUCAUUUGCUUGCAUUCUGAUAUGAAAAUGCUCAACGAUUAAGCCAUUUUGUGUCCCUUUUCAUUGUACCUGUACCUUACCACGUUGCGUAUACAUGAAUGAACUCAAUGUUUAACUUUAAACUUAACUUUAAAAUAUAUAUUAAUAUCUGAAAAAAGCCAAUAAUAGCUGCAAGAGUUUAAAAAAGACAACAUUCCACGAAUGACAAAUUACCCAAAAUAGAUUACAAACAAUGACUAUACCUCGGAUAAGAUAAGAAGUGUUCAGUCUAAAAUGCCUUGCUCCUGGAUUGAAAAAAAUGGGCCUGCUUCAAUUCAGCUAACUUUUAACGUAAUGGAAUAUUUUUGCUUGCAAAUUGAAUCUUAUGUUUUCUUUUCUCCCCAUGUUUUAGAUGACCAUCAUGACUAACAUGUCUUUGUUGGUGGUAUACCAUGACAACAUCACCCACACCACAAUGAGCUCCAGUGCAUCAGUCAAGGAAUCGGGCUGUAUAAUUGAAGAUGGCUUCCUUUCAAUCUUGUUGCCUAUUUUCUACACAAUUAUCUGUGUGAUUGGGCUGCUGAGCAACCUGUUGGCUUUGUGGGUGUUUUACUUCAACCAGAAGAAGGCAACGUCAAUCUCUACAUACAUGAAGCACCUGGCCCUGGCCGACCUGCUCUUGUUGCUCUGCCUUCCUUUCAGGAUCUCCUACCACAUCGGAGAGUAUGAAUGGCUGGCUACGUGUUACUUCUGCAAGAUCAUUGGGGCUUUCUUCUACAUCAACAUGUAUGUCAGCAUUGCAUUCCUAGUGCUGAUCAGCUUGGACCGCUAUUUAAAGAUCACCAGGCCUCUCCGCAAGUUCAGGAUCCACAACAUGAAAUGGAGUUCGUGUAUCUCCAUGGGCGUGUGGGUCUUCACAAUUCUGCUCAUGCUACCCUUUAUUGUGUUGAGCAUCUUGAACUCAAAAGACUCAAGAUGCUUCCACUACAAGAAGCAAGGUUUAACAGCCGGUUCAAUGAACCUGGUCGCAGUGAUUUUUAUUUUCAUACUCUCAUUGCUUUUCCUAGUAUCCUACGCUAAGAUUGCUGUCAAGCUUUACAGAAUCUCCCUGGGGAAAAAAAGGGAGCAGAUCAGGAAAGUGAGGACCAGAGCCAUUUUGAAGACUUUUAUCGUUCUUGCGAUCUACAUUAUGUGUUUCAUGCCGUAUCACAUUGUCCGAAUCCCGUACGUUCUGUCACAGAUGAACAUAAUCUCCAGCUGCCAAUCGGAGCAUAUCCUGCAUGUAGCCAACGAACUGGUGCUGUGUCUCUCUGCCCUCAACAGCUGCCUUGAUCCAAUCAUCUAUUUCUUCCUCUCCAAUUCUUUUCGCCGGACUAUAAUGUAUACCGUUCAUGGAAAGUUCAACAAGAAUUUUCCCAAAACCAACGGGACGAAGAACAGUUUUAAAUCCAUCACAGAGAUCUGAGUGUCAGAGCUGCAAACACCUGAGUAGAUGAUACAGAAGCAGAAGGUGUGGUCUUCAGGGUAGCAUAGUCUUGCUCGAGGAUGGUGUAUCAGGAAAGGCUUGGCAUCGUUACUUUCCUGCGGAUUUAAGCAGCCUUACCAGGUGGAGCACAAAUAGCCACUUAUGGAUUAAUCCUGUAACCAGACUGGCAAAUACAUAGGAUGCUUCAUUUAAAAACAUGAUCACAAUAAGGAAAAUCCAGUUACUAUGGGACGAGGGCAGCUACAGUUAUGUGGAGUCUGAUGAAUGCUGGAACUCAUGGAAAUAGAAAUAUCGAUGCAGGAAACCUUUGAUGUAAUCAUACGUAUUUCCACUGUGGCUUUAUCACAACAGAAACUUAGUGUUUUUGCAAAGAUGCAAGACCUACAUUAUAUCCAAUUUAUGGCCCUGGUAAAAGGGCACGAGGAAUGCUCACCGUCAUUUCACAUGCUUAUAACAUGGCAUCGUAUUAAAGUGCAAUAAGGUAUAUUCCUCCUUGCGUAGCCUCAAGGUCAGUUAUGGCAAACCUUCAGCUUUCAACUUCUCCUUUCCAAGCUAUGUGGACACCAGGAUGUAUGGACUAUCUGGAGAGAAGCAGAAGAAACUUCGCAACGCUUUUCACUCGCCUCCCAGAGCACAAGUUUUAUGGAAAAGCAAAUUCCACGGGGACAUUUCUUAAAGAGAAUAAUUAUUGUUUUAAUGAGAACCCACCUUAUCUGCACUAAAGACACCUUUUGGCCUGCUGGAUGAAAUAGAAAUGAACCACAGGGCAGAGAAAAAUAUGCGGUGAAUUCAUUUUCUAGUGCAAUAAGCAAAAUGGAGUAGUCAAUACACGAACUGACUAAAUAUAUUGUGGCUUAAAGAGCCACCUUAUAUGUCUUAUUUUAUAAAUAAUUGUCUUUAAAUGGAGUUAAACUUAAACCAUUAAAAUUAUUAAACUGUAAAUAAAUGCAAUGUGCAAAUGGAAAUUGUAUAUAAAAAUCCACAAAUUAUGCUCAGUGUUACAUCAAAAUUUAGUCAAAAGGUAAUUUUGUACAAUUUAGCUUUACUCAAAUAAAAUAUUUUAUUUUUUCAAUUAUUUUUGGUUUUGAAUUUUUAAACAGAGUUAUUUGCAGAGACUGGGUGAUAGGUUGCUGUCUCCUACAUUUGCUGGAUCUCUCCUUUGCUAACCAUUUUAACUCCCCUUCCCACAUUGACUUUCUAUCCUUGGCUAAAGUGAAAUCACGUGCAGCACCUCGUGUUCCGCUUGGGAGCUUGCACCCAAUGGUAUGAACAUUAAAUUCUCCAGUUUCAAGUAAUACUCAUACCUCCUCUCUUUUGCACUGCACCCCACACCCUCCUUCCUCGCCUACCACCCUCCUCCUUUCCCCACCUCUGUAGGCUCAUCUCCCAUUCCCGAGUCCCCAUUUCCAUCGAUCCUCCCCCUCACCCCCUUCUGUCUGCUUUUCACUAAUAGCCUUGGUCACUUACUCCACCCAUCUGCCAGUCAUUCCCCACAUUCAACUGUAUCCACCCACUUGCCAGCCUUAGCUCCACCCUCAACUCUCUUUCCAGUUUUCUUCCUGCUACUCCAUCAGCCUGAGGAAGGAUCCCAAUCCAAGUCUGUCCAUACACCCUCCACAGAUGCUGCCUGACCUUCUGAGUUCCUCCAGCACUUUGUUUUUUGCUGUAAUAAUAUUACAGAUUGAAGCAUUCUCUUUUCAGAUGUUGCCCGACCAGCAUUUUUAGGCUUUGUUAUUAAUGACAAUAUGCACUGCAUAUUUCCUUACUCUAACUCACUGCGGACACUACCUCUUCUCAAGAUGUACAGAAGUGUGAAAAUGCGCACCUCCAGAUUAAAGGACUUUCUUCUCAGCUGUGAUCAGGCAACUGGCCCAUCCUAUCACCAACUAGAGAGCGGUCUUGAGUUACAUUUACCUCAUUGGAGAUCCUCGGACUAUCUUUAAUCAGACUUGACUGAACUUUAUCUUGGACUAAACAUUAUUCCCUUUAUCCUGUAUCUGUACAGUGAGGACAGCUUAAUUGUAAUCAUGUAUAGUCCUUCUGCUGACUGGAUAGCACACAACAAAAAGCUGUUCACUGUACCGCAGUACACGUGACAAUAAACUAAACUAGAUAAAUAUUAUAAGCUGUUCAAGAAGGAACUGCAGAUGCUGGAAUAUCAAAGGUACACAAAAAUGUUGGAGAAACUCAGCGAGUGCAGCAGCAUCUAUGGAGCGAAGGAAAUAGGUAACGUUUCGGGCCAAAACUCUUCU